GAUGAUACUAAACCUAAUAGAAAAAGAGGUCGGAACUUGUAUGAAUCACAUACACAUCAGCAACCGCCGCCAAUGCUAUCACCAAAUUCAUUAUCUUAUAAUUACAUUGCGAAAAAUAUUAAAAAGGAGAUUACGAAUGAUUAUGAAAACACCAACAUGCAUAACUAUUCUGAAACUGAAUCAUUUUCAAAUAAUUUAAUAGCAUCGGGUAAUUUACAUCAUCAUCAUGACACCAAAAAGAAAGGAAUGACAGAUUCAGUUGGAAAGAGCAAAAACUCUUCAACAGGAAAUUUAUAUACUGAACAAGGACUUCAAGUUUCACCUGGUGACUUAGAUGAUUUAUUUGAUAACCCUGAAGAUAUUUCUGGAGAAAAUUCAGGAAUUGAAAACUCUGGGGAAAAUUCAAAUGAUGAGACAACAAUUCAAGUACAUACUCCACCCGAUUCUAAUGCCUCAAUGAAUGGGUGCAACAAUACUGAAGAUAUUAAACGUUCUUUGAAUUCAAAUACUGGUGCAGGAAUCUUAAGACCGGAGGAACUUUCCAAAAUGUUUCCUACCCCACCAAGCCACGAACAUCAUCCAAAUUCUAGUCCUAUGAGUGGUGGUGGUUUGAUGGACAUUCCUAUAACAGAUAUAAACGAUUCUGGACUUAUUAACAAUAUGGUAGCUAAUGUAACACUUUUAAGUACUAUGAUAACAACUACUGGUACGACCGGAAAUUCUAGUAUAAUUCAGGGACAACAAAAUUUAAGUAUUAAGGUUAAACAAGAUAUAUACUCGGAUUUGGGUAGCCCAGCUGAAGAGCCAAUUGAAGAUUGGUCGUACGUAUAUAUGCCUGAUACUUUUUGUAAAAUUGUUGGAUCAACAAAAUAUGCGCCUUUAACAAAUUUACCCAGUCAAUCACUGCCUCCAAUAAGCUCGUCAAAUAUUGUUUAUAAACCAUCUUGGUCACAACAACAAGCGCAAAGGCAACAACAACAAAUGCACUUGCAACAACAGAUGCAACAACAACAACAACAGCAGCAACAGUCCCAGCAAAUUCAACAACAACAGCCACAACAACAGCCUCCGCUCCAACAAAACUUACAAACGCAACCACAAACAGAUCAUUUAGCGCAAGCUUUACAACAGCCUCGGACUCCGACGAACAGUAUUAUUGCAAGUGGUCAAAUUAAUAAUCCAAAUCCCAGCGUAAAUUCAUUGAAUAAUCUAAAUCAAAUAACUGAUCCAAAUCUAUCUUCACCGGGAAAACUGACCCCAAUACAUCAAACCUCUAAUGCUGUCGCCGCAAACCCUUUACUAGUGAAUCAAUUGAAUUAUAGACCUCCAACUCCAGUUAAUAUGCUCCGACCAGGAAUGUCACCUAUAUCACCUGCUCCGCCAGGUGUACCUGCUAACUUUAUAUCAAAUAGCCCGAUGAGUCAACGUAGAACACCUAUUCAUCCCCCUCCACCAUAUGAUGUAGCGAUAGCCAGUCCUGCAACAUCUACUUCAUCUUAUAAACAAUUUAACUCACAAGAACCAAGAACUCCUAUGUCACAAAUGGAAUGUGGUGGACCCACAAUAGGUGGUGCUAAUGAAAAUGGUUUUAACAAUAAUUCAAACAACUCACCCGAGGCUAAUUCUCUGUUAAUAAAUGUACUUUUGUACGACACUGCUUUAAAUGUUUUUCGCGAUCAUAACUUUGAUAGUUGCACACUUUGUGUUUGUAAUGCAACUCAACAAUGUGUUGGAAAUAUUCGUGGUUCUGAUUCUGGAAUAUAUGUAGCUCUUCCGGGAUCGUCGUUUAAUCCAGCAGCCGUUAAUGGUGGAAAUUCUUUAAGUGCAAUUCUGAAUUUAAUGUCAUCAAAUAAAUUACUUUUGGGAGCAAUUAGUGGAAAAGGUUCUAAUAAUGAUAAUACUAAAACAAAUGCAUUGACAAGAAGUAGCAAUAACUUAAGUGCCUUCGGUAUUGAUUCACCUUCAUGUGGAACCAACAGCCAAUCAAGUACCAAUAGUAACAGCAGUGGAAACAAUCAACAUUUAACUGGUUAUAUAGACGAAGAUCAAAUAAGGUGUUCGUGUGGUUUUAGCGCCAUAGUAAAUCGACGUCUUGCUUAUAGAUCAGGUCUUUUUUAUGAAGAUGAAAUGGAAAUUACUGGAUUAGCAGAAGAUCCAAUUAAAUACAAAAAGAAAUCUAUUUUAAAAUUAUUUAUCCAAAGUGGUACCAAAGAAAGUUCAGAAACUGCAAUUAAAAAAGAAAAUCCUAAAAUACUGGAAAUUUUACCGCAAACUGUUAUGGAUUUAUUACGUGAUCAGUGCUCUAUUAUACCUACUUCAACAAGUUCAAUACAGCGUGCCCUACAAAGAUGUUCACAAGAACAAUAUGUGCGGCGUAAAAAACAAGCAGUUAACAGAACCGAUACUGGCACGGAAAUAACAGAUGCAUUAAAUAUUUUGGAAUUCGUUGAUGCAAAUGAUGUUUGUUGUUUAGCUGUUGAACAAGGUCGGAUGUUUUUCGAAAAUUCAAAUAGUGAAGGCAGUAAUAUGCUAGAACAAUAUCAAUUAAGGCGCACAAGUGUUUUACAGAAAACCUCUAUUACCGUUCAUAAAUGGCCUUACAUUCUAGCGAAUAGUUCAAAAAAUAAUCAAGAUAUUGUCCGUCUAAUGAAAUCUAUGCAACCGUUACUACAAAAUGCAUUCCAUAAUUCAAAAUGCCGCCCUAGAAGGGAAGCUGCUACUUAUACGGUGAAAGGUCCAUUGACAUGGCGACAAUUCCAUCGAUUAGCAGGGAGAGGAACCGGACAAUGUGAACCACAACCGAUUCCAUCAAUAGUAGUUGGACAUGAAAAGGAUUGGCUUGCUGUUGCUCCAUAUGCUAUUCACUAUUGGGAUAAACUAUUACUAGAACCAUAUUCAUAUUCAAGAGAUGUUGUAUAUUUAGUUAUAGCACCAGAGAACGAUUUUAUUUUCAAUAAAACAAAAAUUUGGUUUAAGGAAUUGAGCACUACGUACGAAAUGUGUAGAUUAGGGCGGCAUACGCCAAUCAAAGGCUGGGACGGAAUUUUGCAAGUUGGCCAAAAAACACGAAAUGAGAAUUUUUCAAACACUUCGAACACUAAUGCUUCAAUAGAGGAAUGGUUACAAUCAAUGUCUGAUGUAAAAUUGGCAGACCGUAUUAGAAUGUAUUCACAUGCAUUGCAGAAUUUAGUUGGACCAUAUUUACAAAGGGUUCCUGCUGAUAAAACUCUUCUGGAUCCACCAGAAAACGAAAGACACUCUCAUACGCACAAUCAAAGAGAUCGACCCAUGUCAAAUCCAAUGCCGCCACCGAAUAUGAUAGAUCCUGUACAAUCGAGUACUAAUUUAACUAUGCAACCGUUAGCUCACCAUGGGAGUAAUAUAUCAGUGGAUAGAGCAUCAAAUAUUAAAUUAGAAGAGUGUGAUAGUACAAACAGUUCUUCUAACACUAAUUUACCUUUAAGUGAUCCACUUCGACAUAGUUCAUCAUACAAGGCUGAUGAAGAUAUUAAUCCUCCAGUUAUUGUUUUAUAUAUUGUUGAACCUUUCACUUCUGGCAAUGACUCUACAGAUUUACAGCGCAUAGCAUGUCUAACACUUUUGCGUAUUUAUUCUGAGCUAUUAAAUACUUUACCUGAAUCGAUUAGACACAAUAUAAGUUUACAAAUCGUUUCACUAGAAGCUAUUUUAGAACUGGGAAGAAAUCGAAAUCGUUUAAAACUAAGUGAUGAAAUAAAAAAUUUCGCCUUAAGUGUGUUUUCUCAAUGCAAAAGAUUCUUGCAACAUUCAAAUACAGCCAAAAGUUUAACGGGUUUUGGCACUGCUGCUAACAUGGAAAUAUUUUUGAAAACGAAAGAUGAAAGAAAUAGAAUUCCAUACAAGAUGUAUACACCGCCAUAUGUAUUGGCGUCAACACAUGAAAAAUCAGAAAAGUCUGAUUCUUUUCGGUCCAAACAAACUGAUCAGCAAUAUUCAGUUAUGUAUUGUAAUUACUGUAUAUCAGAAGACCAAUGCUGGCUAUUAGCCACAGCAACAGAUGAUCGUGGAGAGUUGCUUGAAACUAUAACUAUUAAUAUUGACAUUCCCAAUAGAACGAAAAGAAAACGGGGAAUAGAAUCCGCAAGAAGAUUGGGUUUGAAAAAAUUAAUGGACUUCAUUGUGGGUGUUGUGUCGCAGACUACUAUACCGUGGCGGCUUGUUAUAGGGCGAAUUGGUCGCAUAGGUCAUGGUGAACUGAAAUCAUGGUCGUGGUUGUUAAGCAAACAAAACUUACAAAAAGUAUCAAAACAAUUAAAAGAUUUAUGUAAGCAAUGUAGUCUCAUGUAUCCGAAUGCAGUUGCAAGUAUUUUGAGUGCUUGUUUAGUUACAUUGGAACCAGACUCGAAAUUAAGAAUAAUGCCUGAUCAAUUUACCCCAGACGAACGUUUUAGUCAAAUAUCUAUGCAAAAUCCGUUAUCUACUCCACAAGAUGUAACUUGUACACAUAUAUUGGUAUUUCCGACAAGCGCCGUUUGUCAGUCAUUUCAAAAAGCAUUUAAUGAAUUGAAUGAAUCUGAGGCUUUUGACAAUGACAACAAUUUUAUUUUUGAUUUUGGUGAUGAUCCGCAAGAAGAUUUAGGUGAAUUAGGUGGAGAUUUCAUGGACUGGGAUCAACUUCCUGAGAGAAACUCAAAUCACGGAAGUCCUGGACGUAUCGAAGAUAAUCGUAGUAGGCAGAGUCCAAGUGGUAACAUGUUUAAUUCUAAUUGUAAUAUAUUAGAUGCACAAGACAUGGAAGAGGUUGGUGCCGUGCUUCAACAACCCCUUGCAGUAGGUUAUUUUGUAUCAACAGCACCAACUGGACGUAUGCCAUCGUGGUUUUGGUCAUCUUGUCCACAUUUAGAAGAUGUAUGUCCAGUAUUCUUAAAAACAGCUUUGCAUUUACAUGUUCCAAACGUACAAAACAAUACAGAAGAUCCAUUAACACAAAAUCAUACUUCAGCAAACGACCAUCCAUUAGAUUCAGGAUUAACCGCUGAUGUAUUACGAUAUGUGCUAGAGGGUUAUAAUGUUCUAUCUUGGCUAGCAAUAGAUUCAAAUACACAUGAUAGAUUAUCAUGUUUGCCCAUACAUGUGCAAGUUUUAAUGCAAUUAUAUCAUAUGACAGCUGCUUUAACUUAAACGUUUUCUGUAAAAUGUAAAAGUUUUAAAAAAAUUAAAAUUUAAGAAAAAUUCUUUUAUAUUUAAUUGUUUUGUAAGGGGUUAAUGAAAAUGCUCAAAAAUUUUAUAUUUAAAAUAUUAUAAAAACAAAUAAUAGGCGCCAAAUAUAAAUGAAAUCGUUUAUUUGCAAUAUUUAUAUAUGUAUAUAGAAGAUAAAAUAACGUCAUUUAAAAAAUACAAUAGAAACCUAUAUCGAAAUAAAACUCUAAACUCUACCAUGUCUGUGAUAUUAGAAUUUGUACGUAAAAUGUAAAAGAUAAAUAUAAGAAAUCAAAAAUAACUAACUUUUUUUUAAUAAAUUAAAAGAUGUUUUGUAUAUAAAUAAAAAGUUUAAAUUAUUAUUAGAGAAUUAUCAAUAAUUUAAAUAGAUCUAUAAAACAUAAUAAAAACAUUGAGAUUAAAGAGCAACUUUUAUAUAAAAUACAUAGAUGUAUUAAAAAAAAAAUAUUAUCAGAUUUAAAAGGUUAAAAACUUUGUAGAAAAAUAGAAGAAUAUAAAAGUUUUCCGUUGAAUAGUAACGUUACAUUAACA